AUGGAAACACGGGAAGAUUGUUGGAGGAGCAAUGCAUCCAGCAAUGCGAGUGCGAAUGGACGAGCAACACUUGAGAGCCGCGACUUUCCGGGAUUCGCUAUCGAUCCAUUGCUGAACGCGGGACCUACAUUGAUUCGACUGACUAAAAUCGAGCUGACUGACCCGGCACUUGCUGCAGGGGUUCAGUCAGUUCAAGUCAACACGCCUGAACAGAGCAAACCAACAACAGCUACAGCUACAGCUACAGCUACGGCUACAGCUACGGCUACAGCUACGGAUACGGCUACGGCUACGGCUACAGCUACGGCUACAGCUACGGCUACAGCUACGGCUACAACUACGGCUACGGCUACAGCUACAGCUACGGAUUGCGAGGAAUGGUAUGUUCUAGGGACGGGUGAGAGGCGUGUCUAG